AUGAUUCAAAUGAAACCCCGCUCAUAAAGCCUAUAGCCGUUAUCAAAUUUUGUAAUCCCCAAUCAGAUCCAGCUUUUGCGUGAGAGAGAAAUGGAGAAGGUGAGCGUAGCAGUGAGAGUGAGACCUGCGAGAAGUAACGAAGAAAACUUCAAUGGAACCUUCUGGAAGGUUGAAGACAAUCGGAUUUCUCUUCACAAGUCCCUCGGCACUCCAAUUUCCGGCGUCUCCUACACUUUCGAUCAUGUCUUUGAUCAGGAUUGUUCGAAUGCUAGGGUUUAUGACCUACUUACUAAGGACGUUAUUCGUGCUGCUCUUGAAGGUUUCAAUGGAACUGCCUUUGCAUAUGGACAGACCAGUAGUGGAAAAACUUUCACUAUGAAUGGUACUCAGAAUGAUCCAGGAAUCAUCCAGCGUGCAGUCAAUGAAAUAUUUCAGAUAAUUGAGAUGACGACUAAUAGGGAGUUUCUGAUUCGAGUCUCUUAUAUGGAAAUCUACAAUGAAGACAUUAAUGAUCUGUUUGCUGUAGAGAACCAGAAACUGCAGAUUCAUGAAAGUUUGGAUCGUGGGGUUUUUGUUGCAGGACUGAGGGAGGAAAUCGUGAAUGAUGCUGAACAAGUACUUGAGCUCAUUCAGCGAGGAGAAGUUAACAGGCAUUUUGGUGAAACUAACAUGAAUGUUAGAAGCAGUCGAUCUCACACCAUCUUCAGGAUGGUAAUCGAAAGCAAAGGAAAGCAUAAUCCUGAUGAAGCUGUUCGUGUCUCUGUUUUGAAUUUAGUAGAUUUAGCUGGGUCUGAACGGAUUGCCAAAACUGGAGCUGGGGGAGUUCGAUUGAAGGAAGGAAAACACAUUAACAAGAGUCUAAUGAUCCUUGGUAAUGUUAUCAAUAAACUAAGUGAAGGUGGAAAGCAAAGGGGACACAUUCCUUACCGCGACAGUAAACUCACUCGCAUUCUUCAACCUGCUUUGGGUGGCAAUGCUAAAACUUCAAUAAUUUGCACAGUAGCACCCGAAGAGGUUCACAUUGAGGAAUCAAAGGGAACACUCCAGUUUGCGAGCAGAGCUAAACGGAUCACCAACUGUGUUCAAGUGAAUGAGAUACUAAAUGAUGCAGCCUUAUUAAAGCGACAAAAAAGGGAAAUAGAGGAACUACGCAUGAAACUUCAGGGAUCACAUUCCGAGGUGCUUGAGCAAGAGAUACUGAAACUCAGAAAUGACCUACUGACGUAUGAAUUAGAGCGAGAGAAGCUUGCCAUGGAAUUGGAGGAGGAAAGAAGAUCACAGAAAGAGCGAGAACAAAACAUCAUUGAACAACAGAAAAAAAUCCAUAAUCUCAGUAAUCUUACAUCUGUCUCAGACUCUAAUGGGCAUGCUACACAGGAGGAAAGCGGUAAUAGUAACAGUUUCCAGGAAGAUGCUUUUAGUACCCCUUGUUUGAAGGUGGCUCCCAAUGCCUUUGUUGCUAAGAGAUCGCAACGGUCUCAACAGACAGAAUACAGCCCUAUGCCAGAUGCCUUUAGCAAUUUUGUAGAUGAAGAUAUGUGGAUGAAAAUGAAUAAAGGCUUUGUUGCUGAUCUUGAUUCACUUCACAUGACUCCUGCAGUGAAAGUUAACUCAUCUUUACUCGAUAAUGAAAAUGAUGAUUUGUCAACAGAGAAUUAUAAGCAAGAGGUACAGAAUCUCAGAAGACAGUUGGAACUUGUUUCAGAGGAAAGAGAUGAACUUAGGAGGCACCAUACAGAACAAGUAUCACUAAAUAAACAGUUAAUGAGUGAGGUAUCUGAACUCCAGCAAGAGGCACUUUUGAUCCGUGAGAUCCCUCAAAGAUUCUGCGCGUCUGUGACAACUUGUAAAGAUUUAUACAAGGACGUCUUUUCAGUCAUACAGAACUUUGUAGCUACCGACAAAUCUGGAAUGGCGAAAUUGCUCUCUACAACAAAUGAGAUUGGUACUUGUCUUUUUUCAACUCUGGAACCUCACUUCUCAGAAGCUAUGGACAGUGAUAAGUCCUCUACCAGAAAUAAUUCUUCAAUUGAAGCGCAACAUGUGAAGGUUUAUGAUAAGUUGAAUAGAACAAUUUCAUCACUUGUACUAUCAGAUGAUGAAAUCUCAGGGAAUCCAUCACUCGGUUCCCAAUAUAAGGACUGCACUCUGGUUGGAGAAAUUGCUUGUUGGAAGAAGAAACUGGAUGAAGAUAUGAAAACGGUCCAGGAAAAAUACCAGAACUUGGAAAAGGAGUUGGAACUCAAUAAUCAGCUUCUUGCCGCUUCCAGGGAUAGAUAUAAUAGCUUAGAAAGGGAGGUUCACCUCUUGAAAGAAGAGAGGGAUGUGUUGGUACAAAAUGUUUCCUCUUCAAGCGAGAAACUCGAACUGUUUGCUAACCAAAACGAAAAGGUAUUAGACAAUUUGAAUGCCGAAGUUCAGAGGAGGAAACACCUUGAAGAAGAGAUUAAACAGUUUACUGCUGCUUUUGCAUUUCGACAGAGAUCCCUUGUCUCCCUUCGUAGUGACUUUGAUUCUGUGAUGGACAGUUUUAAGGCACAGAAGCCAAUUUCAAUAUCCAGAUCUCCUGGAUUCUAAGAGUUGAAAUUCUCCCAAACUCAUGCACAGUUUGUUAGUGCUGUCUUUAUUCUUGCUUCUUAUUAUGUAUUCAAAUUUAACUUAAAACUGUUCCAGACCACAUUAUAAAUUGAAUAAUCUAUCUGUAUAACUUUUAAUUCCUGUUGUUAAUACGAGUUUUACAACGUUAUGUACCUAA